AUGAUUCUAAUUCUCACAGUUUUCUCGGCAUUUCUUUUUGUGUUUUAUCAUAUCUACUGGAAGAGACGAGGUUUACCACCAGGUCCAACUCCAUUGCCAUUCAUCGGUAAUCUCUUCACUCUGUUCUUCUAUGAACCGGGAUAUGAAGCAUUUCGACUAUGGUCAAAAAAGUAUGGACGUUGCUUUACGUUUUGGAUGGUAAACAGACCUGCCGUUGUUGUGACAGAUUAUGAGCUUCUGAAGGAAACACUAGUCAGAAAUGGAUCCGCUUAUACAGGCCGAUUGGCAGUACCCUAUUCGCGAGCAUUGAGAGGUGGCGAUUAUGGCAUCACAGAGACAACUGGAGAGCUUUGGCAACAACAGAGACGAUUUGUUUUGCAUGUACUUAGGGAAUUUGGCAUGGGGAAAAAUCUGAUGGAAGAGAGGGUUUUGACGGAAGUGGCUGAUUUUUUGGAGCAAUGUAGAAGAAAUGUCGGCCAAGAAUUCGACCUUCGUCAGAAUUUUCACGCUGCCAUCGGCUCCAUCAUUAACAGCAUUUUAUUCGGAUUUCGCUUUGAUGAGAACAACAUGCAUUUGUUCCUACGCCUAAAAGGAGCAAUGGACAAACUUAUGGAAAUUUUUGCACGACCAGAUUUCGUGCUUUGGAUGUUCUACCCGAUUCUGAAAUAUUUUCCCUAUUUCCGCAACUUCAACAAAGCAACAGGAGUGAUCGAAACUGACAAGUUGCUUUCUGCUAUGAUCAACUCACAGAUAGAAGAGCACAAAGCAGAAAUAGAUUUCGAAAGCGAGAAAAGCACUGACUUUGUGGAAGCAUUUUUGAAAGAACAGAAACGUCAUGAGGAUGAACCCGAUUUUGGAGGAUUUUCAAUGAAUCAACUGCGGAACGUUUGCCUGGAUCUCUGGUUUGCCGGUAUGGAAACAACAUCGAACACGCUCUAUUGGGGAGUUCUUUACGUACUUUUGGACCCUGAAGUGCAGAAGAACAUCCAUGAAGAGCUAGAUCGAAAGAUUGGAUAUCCACGACUGAUCACCAUUGCCGAUCGAAGUUCGCUUCAUUAUAUGAAUGCAGUGAUAAAUGAAGUUCAACGUCUGGCCAACCUCCUUCCACUGAACGUAUUCCAUGAGACUACCGAAGAUGUGGUUAUUGAUGGCUACCAUAUACCUGCUGGAACUCUUUUUCUACCCCAAAUCUCCAACGUCAUGUACGAUGAAAAGGUGUUCCCAGAACCAUGCAAAUUCGACCCUAAGAGGCAUUUAACAGCUGAGGGAGCUUUCAUGAAGAUCGAUGAGGUCGUGCCGUUCUCUAUGGGAAAGAGACAAUGUGCUGGCGAAGGACUAGCAAGAAUGGAACUAUUUUUGUUCUUAGCAAAUCUAUACAAUCAUUUUGAGGUGUCACAAUAUGGCGAUGAGAUCCCAUCAACGAAGAAACGCUUUGGAAGCACAGUUUCAGCGGAAGAUUUUUCUGUGGUUCUUCGAGAGCGAUUCUGA